AUGAAGCUGAUGAACGAAAACCUUCUGCUACAAGAGGAAAGAAAGGUGAAACGGUGGCUUAGGAAUCAAGCAUCGCUCUCCCCUACAUCCUCCUACAAAGCAGUGUAUUAUAAGACUUCCAAUUAUCCUGGGUCCAGCCAAGGUCAAACUAUAACAGACACCCAUCCCAUCUCUGGGAAAGAUUCAGUGGACAUCCCUUGGAGCCAGUUUGGGGACCAUCUGUCCAACUUUGUGAGCUUUCUACGACAACCAACCAAAAGAUCCAUCUAUGACCGGAAACCUUCCAACAAUCUGACCCCCUUCAGCGGAAUGGAUCUGCCUACUCAGACACUUUCAGCCAGAAACGCAAAUGCUCCACGAAACAGCAUCCGCAGCACAGCCUCCCCCAACAAGGAGAUCCGGAAGACCAGCAACAGGAAGCAAUCCAAUUUGGAAAACACCAUCUCUCUCCAAGAGGCGGUGGCCUUGUUCCCUUCCUUGCAACGCCUGCUGACCAAAAAAGAGAAAUUCUCUAUUUCAUCUCUCUACGUUCAGAGCCCCAGCACUGGAUUCACCACCUUGCAGAAGAAGCUCAAAAGCAUGCUUGACAAAGACAGAGAGGACGAGAACUUCAAAAUCCCGCUGCCGUUGCCCAAGAUUAAACCUGAAGAAAUUUUGAGCUGCAGGUAUCUUCGUUUGUCUCAGAGCAAUAUUGACACUUUGCUGGAGCUGUGUAAGGAAUCUGGGAUUUACAUAGAUUUGCACCCCCAUAUGAAAGAAUCUGAAAUUGACGUGAGCUCCAUACUCUCACCAAAACCCCACCGAGCUCUGUAG